UCAAUUUUCAAUUCAACAAUCUGUGGAACUGCAAGAAACGAAAAGACACAGGAGUCCCUGCCUUCCUUCGACAAGGAGGCAGACUACUGUGCGUGUGUGUGUGUGCGCGCGCGCGAGUCCGUGUGUGUAUGUGUGCGUACUAAGAUGAAGGACUUUCCUUAAUAUUGUGGAAGGAUCCAGGAAUUGAAUGAAGAGAUAGUCCAUUGAAAGCAGUUGAAUGCCAUGACAACUAGGAACAACCUCAGAUUUAUUCCAAACAGUUAGAAAGCAUUGUGCGCGGGGCGUCAAUCAUCUAUUAUUUCGCCCCUGAAAUAAAUGCAAAAACUGCGGCCGGACAAAAGCUUCCAACAGGAGCCGGACAUUUGUCUACAUUUCCCCCAUUGUCUGCAGCUUAGCAAUCGGUUUGUAUUUGUGUUUGCCCGGGUCCGACCACCCAGGAUGCGCAGAGGACUUGCUAAAAAACGUGCAACAUUGUCACCCACAUCACAUACUGGAUAGGAGGCAGAGGGAGGAGAACGAAAGGGAAAGUCUUGAAGGGGAGGAAAAUAAAGUAAGCAACAAUGAUACUCGGGUCUUCACAGAAAAAAAAAAAAGAAAAAAAAAAGGAAAAAAAGGCAAGAUGGAGCACUUUGGAGGGGGCUCCACACAAGCAGAAAACAAAUAUUAGGUUGUGCUGCCACGGUGAAACUGGAGAGAUUUAUUGGGGGGAAAAAUGCACAAGAAAAAAAAGAAUAAUAAUUUUGUUAUAAUGUAAUUGCGUGAUAAAGUAGGCGGAGAUAUACAUAAAGUAAGGGGGGAAACGAUUUAGGCCCGCGUUGUUUUUAUUACGAGCCUGCAGAGAUGCGCUAUCAUACUGCGACGAUUAUGAAAAUAAUGAUUAUCAUUUAUCAUUAUUGUUAUUGGCGUUAAUAUUCCCGGUAUUGUUGUUGUUGCGGUGCUCAUCAUCGCUAACACAUUUGGAUAGGCCUAAUGUCUUAAAUACUUGCUUAGCGUUUUCAAACAAACAGAGUCCUGCUUCAGUUUCAACACAGCCUCUUGUCCUUAAGCCCUGGCAAAAAUAUUGACACAAAAGGUUUACAUAAAUUAUCCCCGAAUAUUUGAACAAUAGCCGCUCCUCCCCGCGGUUCUCAUCGCUUAAGAUAAAAAAAAAAACAACAACUUUGCGCACAGAACCCCAACAUGUAUUUUUAUGAAUAUAAAUAUAUGUAUUUAGGAAAGGAGGAAAGUAAAAAAAAAAAAAAAAAAAAAAGUGGGGAAAUAAAGGCAAAAGCUUCAGUGGGAGCAAUUUGUUAAAACGGGCUUUUUAAGUAUUGUGAGUAUAAAGCUACUUGGAGGUUCUUUGUAUGUAAAUAGGGUGUAAAAAAGGCCCUCCCCGUCUUUGUAAUUAAUUGACACGUUAUACCACUCAUCAUGCUCUGAAGCACCAAUGGUAGAGGCUCGGAUCUCCCCAAAACCCACAAUUUCACAUCUGCAAACACUGUCUUCAUCCACUUGACUCCUAAGACCCGCCCACACGUGGCCAACCUUUCGCGUUUUUUAAUGCUUUUUCACUGCAGGUUCAUGUGUUGAGACCAACCUUAUAUGGACUGAUCGGACAAGCGGAUUGUCCGAGAGGCUGGUGCAGCAACUUUUCCCAGCAUAUUUCCCCCCCACCAGAAUAUGUCGUUGACCAACACAAAGACGGGCUUUUCUGUAAAGGACAUUUUGGACCUUCCUGACACAAAUGACGAAGAGGGAUCUAUCACCGGAGCGGAGGAAGACACCGAGGGAUCGGAGACCACGUCCACGACAAAAACCGCUGGAGUUUUGGUGCAAAGUCCUCUAGAAAAUGUUCAAAAUCUGCCUUUAAAGAACCCCUUUUAUGACAGUAGUGACAAUCCUUACACGCGAUGGCUUGCUACUACGGACAGUAUUCAAUAUUCAUUGUUUCUCCCGUUUCUUGCCGCAGUGCACGGCCUCUCCGCCAGCUCGCAGGACUCGGCCAAGUCCCCGGAGCCGUCCGCGGACGACGAAUCGCCGGACAACGACAAGGAGACUUCCAGCAGCGGCGGCAGCGACUCCGGCAAGAAGCGGAAAAGGAGGGUGUUGUUUUCCAAGGCGCAGACCUACGAGCUGGAGCGCCGCUUCAGACAGCAGAGGUACCUGUCCGCCCCGGAGAGGGAGCACCUGGCCAGCCUGAUCCGCCUCACCCCGACCCAGGUGAAGAUCUGGUUCCAGAAUCACCGGUAUAAGAUGAAGAGAGCCCGGGCCGAGAAAGGUAUGGAAGUGACCCAUCUCCCUUCUCCCAGGCGGGUGGCCGUGCCCGUCUUAGUCAGGGAUGGAAAGCCUUGUCACACUCUUAAAGCUCAGGACUUGGCGGCCACUUUUCAGGCCGGGAUCCCCUUCUCGGCUUAUAGUGCCCAGUCACUCCACAACAUGCAGUAUAACGCGCAGUACAGCGCCGCGGCCACGCCACAGUUCCCCACAGCACAUCACUUGGUGCAAACGCAACAGUGGACUUGGUGAGAGAAAUUAUAGAGACUUGGCUUGGAGGCACGAUAGGGAGUUUCACCACAAAGCAAAGAGAAAGGAAAAAAAAAAAUAAAACACAAAAAACAAAAGACUUUUCAUUUUUGCAGCUUGACUCAUAUAUAUACUACCAUUUUUAUUCGGGGCUCAUGUGUGCGCCGUGUUUACAUGUUUUCGUUAAGAGAACUGGGUCCAAACCUCUCCCUUAUAGAUUUUAUUAAGAAUGUCAAUGCUCUUCUUGUGAAAUUUUUUGUAAAGUAUGUUGUGUGUUGGUUGUAGAGAUGUUUUCCUCUUUUUUUUUCUCCUUUUUUUUUCUUUUGUCCCUUCGUGUUAUUAUCAGCACGUACGAACCACUUUAUAAUUAUAGAAAUUUUAAUUUCUUGCUUCUUUUAUGGACCGAAAAAAUAUUUAUGGCCAUGAAUAAACACUGGCAACUUUUCAGCUAUUUUUCCCUUUGGUUUUUAUUUCCUGUAAAUAUUUUGUGGCACAUAUUUGCAACCUUGAGAGCUUUCCGGAGUGCAGAGCUGAAGAUCGGCCUUUAUAUAUUUACAAAUUACAGCAACAACAACAACAACAAAAACAACAACAAGAAAAAAGAACAUGGGGGAGUGAUUUUUGGUAAAACGUUCAUAUCAUAUGUAAAUAAGAGCCGCGCGCUGAUGACUAAAUAUUCCCAUUUUUUUAAUAAGGAUUUUAAAAUAAAAUGCUGUGUUUCUGAAAACGGGGGUUUGGUUUAUAUAAGUGUCCUAUUCGAUUUGAUCAUCUCAUAAUGGACUAUAUUGUGGCACCGAAUGGAGCUUGACUCUGGGAACAAAUCUCCAGCGCACUUCACUCCUCUCCCUUUAGAGCAAAUUUAAUCCGGAGAAUAUUUUUUCUGAAUCCCGAACACCUCACUAAUAAAGAGCC